AUGGAUGAAGACAACAACAACAAUCACUCCAAUUCCUUCAUGAAAACCACCACAACCAUUCAUGACGAAACCAAAAAACGUUGGUACGACUAUAUUCACUCCAAUCACGUCUGUUCCUGUAUCUUUCUUCUCUUCUCUUUGGUGAGUAUUGCCUUCAUCAUUGCCUUUUUGGUGCCCAUGUGGCAAUUCGCUCCCAUCUCCACCGAAUGUACGUUGCUUUCCAAGUCGUUGAAUGCCUCGUUCAUUGGUUCCGAUGAGAAGGCGACUUUCCGUAAAUUUCGAGCAGAAUUUACGGUGAGUUAUACGGUCAAUACGGCAAUAAGUGGAAACUCGAAACAAGAAAUUGUAUCGACGCUGUAUGGACCCUCUGCCGAUUCGUGGUGGAAUACGAGAGAGGCUGGUUAUGUACUCUCUUCGGCCAUACGGAAUGAGUUUUAUCAGUCGUAUCGGGUAGGACAGAAAUUUGAGUGCUUUUAUUCGAGUUCGGAUGUGAAUGCUGUUGUGUUGGAAUAUGAUCCGAGAUUGAAUGGAUUGAUUGCCAUUCCGGUGGCUUUGAUCUUGUUGAGUUUGUGGAUUUGUGUUCAUCCCGAGAUUGAGAAAUAUAUUCGAUCUAAAUAUCAACAGCGACAAUCUUUGAAACAAUAUAUGGAAUUAUCUCAGAUGGAAGAGACUUAUAGCAAGGAAAUGGCUGAGAAAGUUGCCAGUGAUCUCUUCUUUGAUGAUACCGUAGGUGCCUAUCGAAGAAUUGGUACUGGAGAAAUUGUACAGCCAGCCGCUGAGACGGAUCAUCUCGAUGGUGAUGAUGAAUAUGAAUUGAUUGAGGAAGAAAUUGAAGUGAUUGGUAAAUUCUUUGGACAAAAUGUUGAAGAACAAGGAAGAUUCAUCACGAAGAGUGAACAGAUGGAACGAGAGGCAUCAGAGAAUAAUGAAAAGAAUAUUAAGAUUGUCUCUAGUUCGAGUGUGCAAGAAGAAAGUGAGACAAAACAAGAGGAUCAAAGUGGAAAGGGUUUUUCAACCUCUAUUCAAGAGGCCACACCUAAACCACCACAACCUCAACAUACCUUGCUUGUGUUGGAUUCAGAUUCUGAGGAUGAUGACGACUAUGACGAUUAG